AUGGCAUCCUGGGAUAUUGACGGCGGGGACUACCGUCUCAGAAGUCUUGAGCUUUCUUCAAGAUUGCGCAACGACCAACCGGAUCUUGUUCUCCAGAGGUUGAACUAUCCUAAACCAUUUUCCGUCAAGACGCUUUGUGCGGCCAUUCAAAAGCACUGUUCCGUUUCCGCUGUGAAGACGUACCUAUCGAGCUAUGCGCAUGCCGACGACUUCAAACGGACAAUGGCUAGCACGGGAUGGCCAGCGCUUUACUAUGCCGUAGAGCGGAAUUCUGCCGAAUUAGUCGCUAUCCUCCUUCGAUAUCAGGUCGAUCCUCAUUGGUCUUCCAAGACAUUUCCUAUUCCUGUGAUCGUUUUCGCGAUCAUCCACGGCCAUCGGGAAGCUCUUGACACGACGGAUGUUGUGAGGACGUUUCUCGCUUGCGGAGUCGACCCGAAGGCCAUUGCGAUGGAUAUGUGGGAGGUAUAUCUCGACACGCCGAAGCCAACAUUGAGUACCAGGUCAGGGCCGUCAACAAGAUCCCAACUGGGUUCUGGAUCCGAGUAUUCUUGGUGUACGGAAGGGGUCCGUCGCAUGCUUGCGGAAGCGUUCCAUUUGACGCACCGCUAUCAUUUCCACCGGGCGCACCGAAUGAAAGAACCCACCAUGCGCAUUCGGCAGAUUGCAGAAGGGAACAAGAUGUCGGACCUAUUGAAGCUGCCAUUUUUCCUGGUCGGUCAGCGUUCUGCAACCAAAAUGGUGCAGACUAAAGUGUAUCCCUACAUUGCUGGGAAGAGGAACGGACCUCUGGUGAUGGCGUUUGACGGACCAUCGGGUCACGGGAAAACAGAGCUGGCGAGGAUCAUGGGCGAUCUGCUCUCUGUCAAGACUCAAGUUAUCGAUUGCGGUAAAAUAAGAGAUCAGUGGGGUAUUUUGGGACCCACCACAGGGUGGAGGGGACAUGAGAAAGGUUCUCAGCUGAACAACUUCCUUGCCGAAAACAGUGGAUUACGCUCGGUUGUGUUUCUCGACGAGUUCGAUAAAACCGACGAGAAAGUGAUGCAUGCGCUCCUUGUUGUUAUUGAAAAAGGUGAGUAUGAAGAUAGACGCCAUAACACAGCCGUAGACUGUUCCAAAACGAUAUGGAUAAUUGCCACCAACGUGGGAGCGGAACAGAUCGUGGCCUAUUACACGGAGCAUCUGAGCCAUCUUUCAGAGGAUGAAAUAGCUGAGGCCAACUUAGCCGAUCUGCAGAAGCAAUUGGGUAGUAUCUAUCAAAACGAGUUUGGGGCUCCCUUUACAGGACGAGUGGGAUCUAUAAUACCAUUCUUGCCCUUCUCCAAGCCUGAAGUAGCAGUGGUCGGACACAAAUUCAUCCUGAGGUUGGCCAGCCGGUUCCGCGAGCCAAUCAGCCUACAGCCCGGCAUAGAUAGAUACGCCGCACACUGCCGGAUGACGGUGUUAGAGGAUGGGAUGGUGUGCGCGGAGCUCGCUCAGGAAUUCUACAACCAGCACGCUGGUGCGCGCAGCAUAGAAAAUGCUGUCGUCUGGGUUGAAGAGCAAGCCAUCGAACAAUACGGAUUACUGGAGAUGCCCAUCGACGAGAAGUUGAAUGAAGGUCCAUUGCAGGAGAUUGUCGUUCAGCGGAUUCCUGCCGGCAACGAUGAAUAUGAGAUAAAGGUCAUCGCAAGGAUUCCUGAAGAAAAAUCGACAGCCAGGGGCGGAAACGCUGUACCUGUCAUGGAUGACAUGCAUUCUACUAACGGGCAGACUUCUGAGAAGAAGAAGGAAAACAAGGGCAAGAACAAGGCGGGGGACGAGUAA